UCAUCAACCUCGAACACUCGGCCGCCCAUCAGACAUUUGAGAUCACCUAUACGAUCACCUAACAAUGCAGCAACAUGUCGCUCCUCGACCCGGAAAUUCUACGCAUACUUGAGGAAGCUGGCGAGAUCUCCGCCACGCUUCAAGGGGCGAAGCGCAAAGUGGCUGCAGCGUACGAUGCUGUGAUCCCUAUGGGCUGGGACCCCGCCGAGGGACUAGGGUUUCAUGGGCUUCAACACACAGACCGCCGAAGCGAUUGCAACCAGACUUGCGCAGCGCCCGAAUCCUGACCCGUUUCCUGGAACCCUACUCAAGUACGCUGAAGCACAUGUCCGCUCGCCGUUCCAGCACUCGGAGUUGUCCGCAGCCCAAGACUUGAUGACGAAAGUAGGACUUACCGAGCGUCUUGCAAAUUGCCUGCCGAACCCCAAAUGCGAAGACGUCACUGGAACCGAGACAUUGGCGUUCUGGGUCAUCGAUACGAUACAGGUCGAUGUCGAGGGUAUGACUGAUAUUGUGGGCCGGCUGGAGGAACGUGGAGCCAGCAUGAAAGACGACAGGCGCAAUCGCUCGAGUGUCCCGUCGGUCCUUCGAUCGUCGCAAACAGCUGCUUAUGGCGCAAUGGAGAUGAUGCAGAGGGGUCACAUUCGGCGUCCCACUCCAUUUGCAGUUGCAAAAAGUGUCAGGGCACGCUGAGGCCCUCACCGAGGUGUGUCCACACUGGGAAGGCACGAGGGUAUCGUUAUGAUGCUCUUUCGACUAGGAACUCACUUCCAUAAUGCUUUAACUGCCCAUAGCUCCACAAACAAACGAUGACUGCCGUAUCUCACACCGUAUUGCAGGGAAGCCCGUUU